CGGGGCGACCCCGAGCGGGCCACGCUGUGGUUCACGCGCAUGACGCGCGCAGGCGAAAAGCCCUGCGCCGGGUCCACCUCGGCGCUGGUCGGCGCGUGGGCCAAGGCCGGCAACGUGCGGAAGGCCGAGGAGAGUGGCUGGCCAGUCUGCACAAGGCCGGCGCGGAGGUCGACAGAAGCGCAUACACGGCCGUCAUCAGCGCCCAUGCCAGGAGGCGCAACGUCCCGAUGGCCGCCCGCUGGCUGCGGAAGAUGCUGGACGCCGGCCUGACCCCAGACGAGGUCACGGCGAAUUCGCUCCUACACGGUUUGGCCAAGGAGGGUGAGACGAGGAGAGUAUAG